UUUUUCUAAAUGAUAAUUAUUAACUCUUAUUCCUCCAAUCUAGUUUUUUGAAAGAAUACCUAGCAAUAUCCUAACAAAAUGGAUACAGUAGUAAAGAGUUUGCUUGAUGAGGAGCCUGAAGAAGAAAAAAAGGGACUUGUAAUAUUUGGUAGGGAUGUGUCCAAAAUACCAUGCUUCAGAGAAAGUUUUCUGUAUGGCAUUUCAACUGGAAUAGGUGUUGGUUUAGCAGCAUUCAUUAAAACAUCUCGGCCUAUGUUAUCGCAGCACAUAGGUGUGGGAACAUUUUCAAUGACUACUAUGGUGUACUGGUGUUACUGUAGGUACCAAUGGUCUAAACAACGAUUUGAUGCUCAAUUAUUACAAGAUGCAUUGAAAGACAAAAUUCUCUAUGAAGGUACUAUGGUUGAAAAAGAACUUGAACAGAAAGGUGUAUUAAAAUCAGCUUAGGAGUGUAAAUA